AAGCAGAGCAGGUUGGAGGAGGUGUCUCCCCCUCCUGCACUUGCGCUCUGCCUCCCUGCCCUUCACCUCCCGGCCUGCUGUUUCCUCCUCGUCACCGCGGAUGUCUCCCUGCCGCUGCCGCUUCGGUUAACACCGAGCGACAGGACUUCUUCAACUACCUCUAAAACUACAGCAACGUGGCGUACUUCUCAGAGGACUCUAGCGUGUAAAAUAUGGAUUAACAGGGUACAAAUAAAAUAGGGAAGCACCACCUGCAACGGGGGAGGGAAAUGCAGGACGAAAGUGGCAAAGCGGCACUCGGCAACCCCGCAGUAGCAAGUGCAACCAAAGCGCAGAAUUCAUUACACUUAAACGGGCAUAAUAUCAAUCAAAAUGGCCACAACACGACAGCUACACCUGCACCGCAGCCACAGUUUGGCUCAGGAGCCCCGAGCCCUGCACCCUCUCCAGUUCUAGUUAUCCCAAGGGAGCAGUGGGGAGGGAAGUACGAGUUCCUGCUCUCCUGUGUCGGAUACUGUGUUGGGCUGGGGAACGUGUGGAGGUUCCCAUACCUUUGUUAUCGCAAUGGAGGAGGUGUGUUUCUCAUCCCCUACUUCAUUAUGCUCUUUGUUACGGGUGUGCCCUUGUUCCUCAUGGAGCUGAGCUUAGGCCAGUACGGAGCAGCUGGCCCCAUCACUGUGUGGAAAUGCUGCCCUCUGCUCAAAGGUAUUGGUAUUGGGAUGCUCUGCGUGUCCUGUCUGGUGUGUCUCUACUAUAACGUCAUUAUAGCUUGGACGUUUUACUACCUGGCUAGCUCGUUACAGAGCCCCCUGCCCUGGUCCUGUGAUGCUAUUGCCAAUAUAGGCCUCUGUGGAAACAUUACCACCAACAGCUCUGCUGGUAGAGGCCUCAGCCCCACGGAAAGAUUCUGGAACGAGCGUGUGCUGGGUGUAGUGAACAGUGAGGGCCUCCACGACCCGGGCCCUGUCCGCUGGCCCCUGGCCCUGUGCCUCCUGGCCGCCUGGAUCAUAAUCUUCCUGUGUAUGCUCAAGGGCAUCCGAAGCUCUGGCAAGGUGGUUUAUGUAACAGCUACCUUCCCAUACUUUGUGCUCAUUGUUUUGAUCAUCAGAGGGGCUACACUGGAAGGCUCUCUUCAGGGCAUUGCUUUCUACCUCACGCCAGACUGGAGCCGAUUAGCUAACGCACAGGUGUGGAAUGACGCAGCCUCGCAGGUCUUCUACUCUUUGGGCAUUGGAGUUGGAGGACUGCUUUCUAUGGCAUCUUACAAUAAGUUUGACAACAAUGUAAUCAGGGACACUUUGAUUAUCACCGGAGGAAACUGCUGCACCAGCUUCUUUGCAGGGUUUGCUAUAUUCUCAAUCCUGGGUCACAUGGCGUGGAAGAAGGGAGUGCCUGUCGGAGAGGUGGCUGAUACAGGUCCUGGGUUGGCCUUUGUUGCUUACCCAGAGGCCCUUGCUCUGCUGCCGGGCUCGGUUUUCUGGUCCAUUAUGUUCUUCCUCAUGCUCUUCAUGAUGGGGGUCGAUACGCUGUUUGGCAACAUGGAGGGCAUCACCACGGCCGUGCUGGAUGAGUUCCCGCACCUCCGAACAAACACGCUGCACAAGUCCUUGUUCUUAGGCACUCUGUGUUUCUGCUUUUACCUGAUGGGUCUCCUGUUGGUGACAGAUGGAGGAAUUUACUGGUUCACUCUCAUUGACUCCUUCAGCACUAGUUUUGGCCUCAUCAUCAUCACCCUCUUCAUGUGCAUGGGCAUCUCCUUCUUCUACGGAGUGAACCAGUUUUGUCAGGACAUUAUUGAUAUGAUCCGCCAUUGUCCCCCCUGGUGCACUAAAGUGCUGUAUUACUUCAAAGCGUGCUGGGUUUUCUGCACUCCAUUUCUACUGCUGCUCAUCCUGAUUUACAUCUUCAUGGAAAUGUACAACACAUCACUCCACUACGGGCCCUAUGUGUAUCCACGGUGGGGUAAAGCGCUGGGUGUUUGCAUCGGAGCGACCUGCUGUAUGCAGAUCCCCAUCUGGGCAAUUGUGGCCCUGUGCAAAGAAACAGGAACACUGAAAGAUCGUUUCCAGAAAUCGAUCCGACCCCUGAAUUCCUGGAGGGUAAACUUGAACAGCUCCACGAGAGUAGAGCAGCACAUGGAGCCGGAGAGGGUGGAGGCUCCGUUCACCGUCACGCUCACAGACAUGGACUUUACUGCGAUGACGUGGGAUGCGGGAAGUGAGGCGUGAGAGCACUGAUCAAUGCAGAGUGAUAAGCAAACUAGGUUGUCAAUUUUUUGUAUCUAUGUUAUUCGCCCCAGCUAGGCUGUGUCUGACCGCCUGUGUGUCCUGCAGGGCAGUGUGGACUGUUGCUUUAUUUAUAUCACUAUGUACUGUAUGUUUGAAUUUCAUUUUCAAACUCUUUUGUUAAACAUUGUGUAAAAUGUAAGUUUGCAGCUAUAGAGUUGGGAUCGGCUUCACCUUAGAUGGCAUAAUGAGACAUUUGGAUGAUGGUAAUGUAGCAUAAUAUCAGAUUUAUUUAUAAUCAUAGUAGCAAAGUGCAAAGAAUAAUCACUGACAACACUCGACAGCAGCUGAGGGAACAGAUUGAGUCACGUACGAAUAGAAGGGACAAAAAAGUGCAGUGACUCUUGAAGCUUAACUUCAGCAAGCUGGAAAAGUGACCACAAAUCAUCGGCCUGCCAGAAUACAAAUUGCACUGAGUCAGGAAUACUUUUAACACAUUUUACUUUUUAAAUGAAUGAUUGCUAGAAUCAGGGCUACAAUAAAUAAAUAAAUUUGUAAAUAGAACUUGCCAAAUCAACUAUUAAGUUAUUAAGUAAUGUCAAUGUGUGAUCAUCUGCAGUUCUGACAGUUCCUGCAGAAAAUGUAGCAAUCAGUUAACUUUUUUUCACUUGCUCUGUAUAUAUUGAUAUUAUCAAGUUUACAAAUAUUCUAUAGUAGUAUUGUAUGCAGGCUUUAAGUCGAACCAACUUUACUACUUCAAGAAGAAAAUAGAUUGCAGUUAGUAGGCAUUUAGUUUUUAGUGUUUACUGGAACUUAACUUUGACAGUUCUUAAUGGUAGAUUGCAUCUAAUUGCAUAAAUGUAUUAGCUACAGACAUUAAUGUAAUACUCCCUCUAGCACACGAUUAUUGUCACUAAAUCACUAUAAUUGACAACUUUCUGAGGGCACAAAUGUUAUUGGAUUUCAGGGCCUUUUUUAGAGAAGAAUUCAAAAACAGUUUGAAUUUUAUUUAUUGGCUAAGUGGCCAGGCUGCUUAAUUUAUUAUUUACAUUUGAUGUUGGACAAUUAUUUAACAAAUACUGUUUUUAAGACCCUAAGGCUAAUGAUAUCAAACUCUGGACAUAUAGACAAUCAUAUGAUAAGGAAUCAGGGGAGACAGCUCACUAAGAGGACCCCCCCAUCCAUUUCAGGCUGUACAUUCCUAAACUGUUUUCAUGGCCCUCGGUUCCUGUUGCAAUUCCAGCAUACUAGGCUAAGUCGUGUAUAUAUUUUUUUUAAAGGAAAAGCAUCUUUCAAGCAAACUUUGAAAUGUUUGAACAUUUUAUUAUCCUUUAUUUUAGGAUUGUAACUCAACUUUAAUUUUAACAUAUUUUUGCCUUUCUACACCGUGUUGCCAUUCUGUUGCAUAUUGCUGUGCACUGCACAGUGAAUAAAUAUUGUUAUUGCCUUAA